UUGAGUUCCCGGCGCAGGGAGGUGUCCUUCAGAUGCCACAUGUCGACGUGCUCCGCGUCGACCCGUACGUCGGCCCGAUGGCUAUCGUCAUCAUCAUCGCCGAGGUCACCACGGUCAUUUUUCUUUUGUACUUCACCGUGAAAACGUUGAAGACACUCUGCAAGUUCAGGCGAGAUUUCUUCAGGGAUGUGUGGAACAUCGUAGAUAUCUCCGUGGUGCUGCUGGUCUUCACUUCCGUCAUCAUCUAUGGUUACCGCGCCGUGUUUGGCAGCCUAGCGCUGAGUCAGUUCCGCGAGGAUCAUUAUCAGUUUGUCAACUUCAUGAACAUGGUGUCCUAUACUGAGAUGUACAUCACCAUCAUUUCGAUCGUGCUGUUCAUCGCCACGAUCAAGUUGCUGCGUCUGCUAAGCUUCAACAAGCGCAUAGCCUCGUUCUCGCGCACGCUCCAGUACCUCAAGAAGCCGCUCGGAAACUUCAUGCUGGUCUUCUUGCUCUGUUACGUGCCGUUCUCCAUCCUCGCACACCUCGUCUUUGGACGGGCGGUGGCCCAGUUCGCCACCUGGCGGCAGUCGGUCAUAUCGCUGUUCUUGAUAGCGGGCACAUUGGGUGAGUUCACGUUCUCCCGCGCGUCGCGUCUGUUCUACAUGAUACUUAGUUCUAGAAGUCGUCGAAUUCUAGGUCUUUCACAUAGCGAAGAAGUAGUACGUGAGGCUCUGUACAACACUGUGUGUGUUCGACCCGCGUUACAUAUAAUACGCUGCGCCUGCCCGCUCUCACGUACUACUUCUCGCCACGUGAUAGACCUAGAAUUCGACGACCUAUACAAUACCAACCGCCUGCUCGGUCCCGUCUUCUACUUCAUCUUCUCACUCAUCGUCAACGUGCUCCUGGUCAACAUCAUUCUGGCGAUCGUCAUCGAGGCGUUCGCGCACACUCGCGAGGAAAUGCGACGCGAGCAGAACGAAUAUGAGAUCAUGCAGUUCAUGAUGAUGCGCAUGAAGGCAGUCAUGGGCCUCACCGUGCCCGACUCGAAGGGCGACCCGAGACACAUGUACGUCGAAGCUGUUGAUCCUGUCGAUGAGAAGUGUGACGAGAUGACGGAAAAGGUGGACGUCAUGAUUGAGAGGCUAAUGGAAUUCAUGAAGGCGACGCAGAAGGAGGACCUGGAUACGUACAAGGAGAUCAAUCUGGACGCGCCCGUCGAGCUCAAGCGCAAGCGCAUCAUCAUCGCCAACUGAUGGCUCGCUGUGAGAGUUGGGUGUCGCGGCCAUGUUGGCACGGUACAUAUAUGGUGGCCAUAUCAUCAAAUAGAAUCAAUCUUGUAGGUUCUAAGCGCACAUCGUGCAUUCACGCCGUGAGUUAUCUAAUCUUUUGUCGUCUUUUGUGAACACGCGACGGGAGUAGGCUCUGUCAGGUGUAUGUUAGAUGGCGUG